AUGACGUGGGACCAAAGCGUGGCAAAUUUCGCACGAGACUACGUGAACUCUAAGCUGAGAGACUGCAACAUGGUCCACUCUGGCAACAGGCAAUACGGUGAGAACCUUGCCCAGGGCUCGGGUGAUUUCACCGGCCGUGCAGCUGUGGACAUGUGGGUGAGUGAGAAGGCUAACUAUAACUACGGUUCGAACUCAUGUGUUGGUGGGGAGUGCCGCCACUACACUCAGGUGGUGUGGCGCAACUCCAACAGACUAGGCUGCGCUAGGGCUCGGUGCAACAAUGGGUGGUGGCUCGUUUCGUGCAACUACGCCCCACCGGGCAACUACGUCAGACAACGUCCGUAUUGA